AUGGAUGCGAAAGUUCGCGUGGAAUCAUCUUUGGGGAGUUUUUUUGAAGGUCGUGAGUAUGGCCUACUUUUCCAUGAUACGUAUUUCGAGCCCGCUCCUGAGGUGACUGAAGCACUUCGCCGCCUCAAUCUCAAAGAACCUCAUCUCUUCGAUCAGCGAAAGAUCCGUCUCUCACACGCGCACACUCUGGCACUGCAUGGUGAACGAUUGCCAAAAGAACAAUGGACGAAGUGGGAAGAUGAAACGUGGUAUUUGAAGCCUUACCUGGACGAGAUUGAAGCUGAAAAGAAAGCUCGCAGUGAAACUACUGGACUUAUUCCUCCUUUCGAAAUGAAGCAACACGGUCAUUGA